UUCGAUACACGACGACCAGUGACGGCCCAGGCGCUAGGACCAUGCAGUCUCCAGACAGGCAAAGGAAGUCUCAAUCACAGCUAGCUAGCUAGCAGGCUAACAUUGGUAUUUGUAGAUUUCUGAGCGAACGGUAUGGAUUCAUAUAAAUAAUCGUUUGAUUGAGACCCAGCCAUGUCUCAGCUGGAGAAGAAGGCGGGGCUUCUGAGAAGGACGUCCUCCUCUAAGAAACCCCUGAAGGAGAAAGUGGUGCUGAUGUAUGAUGAGAUCUUUGCGAAAGAGGAUCCAGCCAAGAACAACUCCCGUUUUUGGGAUGAACUCUUCCUCAUGAAGGUGAAUCUGGAGUACCUGGAGGCCAAGCUGGAGUCUCUGGAUGGAGAUGAGGUGAUGAAGAUUAAAGACAACAUUAACAGCCUGUUCCACCACUGUGUUCAGGCCCUGGCAGAGGAGCACCAGAUCAAAGUGGUCAAUGCCCUGCAGACUCUGUGUGCGUUGUUCCGUGGGGUUCACCAGAAGAACAAGUCAGCCUCAGGCUUCGACAUCAUCAACAUGCUCGUGGGCUUCGACAAGGCCGAGCUACGCAUGAAGGACCUGAUGGAGAGUUUAGACAGCCUGCUGUGUGGGGAGGGUUCAGAAAGUCUCAAGGCCCUGUGUCUCAAACUACUGCUGUGUUUAGUGACGGUAACAGACAACAUCAGUCAGAACACCAUCCUAGAGUAUGUUAUGAUCAACAGCAUCUUUGAGGCCAUUCUGCAGAUCCUAUCAGAUGUGUCCACUAGAGGACAACAUGGUUAUGAUGCUGUUGUCCUCCUGGCUCUGCUCGUCAACUACAGGAAGUACGAGUCUGUGAAUCCCUACAUUGUGAAGCUGUCCAUAGUGGAUGAUGAACCAACCCUCGAUGGAAUGGGUCUGGUGGUUGGCCAAGCCCUGACAGAAUAUAACAGACAGUACAAAGACAAAGAGGAGGAGAACCAUGGAGGAUUUUUCUCUACACUCACCAGUAUGGUGGGCAGUAUGUUCAUUGCAGAUGCAGAUGAGAAGCUCUCAGUACAGACCAAUGAGGCGAUUCUGCUGGCGCUGUACGAGGCCGUGCACCUCAACCGCAACUUCAUCACUGUUCUCGCUCAGAGUCACCCAGAGAUUGACAUCCCGACCACACCCAUCACCCCUGUUCCGACCACUCCCACGACGCCGCUUGGCACAACCCCGCUCUCUAUGGACAUGAUGAACUCUUCAGAACUUCCCCUGGAUCCUAACCUUCAGACCAGUAACCUGCUCAUCACCUUCCUCAAGUACUCCUCCAUCGUCAUGCAGGACACCAAAGAUUCACUCUCAACUGCCAGACUCUGUCUCAUCAUCCUCACCUGUAUAACGGAGGACCAGUAUGCUGAUGCCUUUCUCCAUGACGACAACAUGAACUUCAGAGUCAAUCUACAUAGAAUGCCCAUGAGACACAGGAAGAAGGCAGCAGAGAGGAACGUCCCGUCCAGACCACUGGUGUGUGCUGUUCUAGAUCUGAUGGUUGAGUUCAUCGUAACUCAUAUGAUGAAGGACUUUCCUAUGGAUCUCUACAUGCGUUGUGUACAGGUGAUCCACAAGCUGAUCUGCUACCAGAAGAAAUGCAGAAUCAGGUUACACUAUACCUGGAGAGAACUGUGGUCAGCUCUGAUCAACCUGUUGAAAUUCCUGCUGUCCAAUGAGACCGUUCUGUUGGCCAAGCACAACAUCUUUCACCUGGCUCUACUGGUGGUGAAUCUGUUCAACAUGUUUAUAACAUAUGGAGAUACGUUCCUGCCCACCUCCAACAGUUAUGAUGAACUUUACUAUGAGAUCGUCAGGAUGCACCAGAUCUUUGACAACCUCUACUGCAUGGUACUGAGAGUGUCCACCAACGCAGGCCAGUGGAAGGAGCCUGCCAGUAAAGUCACACACUCACUGGUCAACGUCAGGUAAGGGCACGUUUACUGUGU